AUGUCAGUUGGACCAUCAUGCCUUGCUCACUUUAUUGAUAAAUGCCACCAGAUGGGUUCUUGUGUCCAUAACCUGGAUGCAAAGGGACCACUCCAGGCAGAUACCGAAUAUUGGGCUGUGAAGACCCUAAAACACCGCGCCUUCCACAAUAACAGAUGUUGCUCCUUGAAUACAUUCCCUCUUCUGAAUGGCAGUGUAUCCAUGCCAUCCUUCCUCAAUGAGGCCAAUUUGCAGGCUGUCAAGCAAACUUGCAUCAACGACGGCCGAUAUUAUGAUCUGUUCACGCGCCUCCGCACACUAUUUCUUCUGCAUUCUGUAAACCUCACAGAUGACACACUUCAGGACAUGGCGCAGAAGAUACAUGAAGUAGGCUGCAAAGUGAUGUCAAAUAAAGUGCCCAGCAAGAAGACGCCAUCAUCCACCAAUAUCCUUGUACAGACCCAGAUAGAAACCCAGAGAGUGAAUACUGUACUUCUCAGUGCUUUGAUGAAAGUUGCGGAUGUUGCUGACCUUGACACAAACACUGCGAUCACAAUGGCUGUGACUAAGACACUUGUCACAGAGGCACUAAACCAAGCUGAAGGAUUCGUCAUGAGUCAUUGGUCAAAGGAUGUGUGUCCUUGGCUGUAUAGUCCUUCCGAUGAAGUGCGCCUGGUUGAGUUUUUGAACAAGAUGUGCUUGUGGGUGGAUCGGUACCUCACAGAGCUGGGAGUCAUACAACCACACAAUUCCGACGAUCCUCAUCACCAUUGGAUAAGCACAGGUACCACAUUCUUUCAAGCCAGAUCAGGGGUGGCAGCAUCAUCCAAGACAAGCGGGGUUGGCGCACGCAAGCCGGAUAUCACCCUUGUGACCAACGACUCACACGAGUGGUCCAAUGUUAAAUCCGUUAUUGACGUCAAGUAUCGCCACUCCGAGGUUCUUCUCAAGGCAUCCAAGGAGUACAUGGUAGAAGUUUCCCAUCUGGUCUUCACUAACCAAGUGCAUCGUCGCUUCUUCAUAGGAGCUCUCUUGACUGGACCAGAAAUGAGGAUCGCUCUUUUCACUCGCGGUUGUGGGGCCUUUUCUGAACCCAUCGAUAUCUACGCCGAUCCCAUCAAAUACAUGCAAGUCUUAUCUUGGUUCAUGCAUACCGACCUUCGCUAUCUCGGAUAUGAUCCCUACUACCAAGCUCCCACUUCCACAAACAACUUGUCCUUGUGGUUGAUGAAGGCAAACAGUACCACAGAAGAAGACAUGGUGCCGACUUCGGUGCUUUCAAUCAUCUAUAGUGGUAUUGCCGGAUUUGGCCGCACCACUCAGGUGAUGGUGGUCAGAGGCCCAAGACAGCAACUGAGGGUUGAUCAAGAGACUUUGAUUGUAAAAGAAGUUUGGCAGGUUGACUGUUUCUUACCGGAUGGAGAGAUCCAUCAACUUUUGGAGGACAAAGAGCGCCUUCAAAAGGCUCGCAUAAAACUAGAGCAAGAAAAGAUUCCGUAUCCUGACGUUAUUCCUGACACUGAGGCUGAGAAGAAGUCACAGUCAGUCUUGUUCAAGCGAUGGCCCAAACCUGCGUGGGAUGAUGAGGACAAAGAAGGUUCCUACCCCAGACACCUCCCUAUUCGUGAUCAAUGCAUGUCCACGCACCCUGUUAUGAUGAUUGACUGUGAUGGGGCGCGAGUACCAGACAGUGUUGCGAACAUCAUCAUGAAGCCCUUGUCCGCGGAAAUCUAUCCCCUUGUGCACUAUUGA